CAAAAAAUAAAUAUGUUAUAUUGUUAUAAAUCUAUAAAAAGCAUAAAAUCUCUACAAGUAAAGUCUUUAUAAACAUUCUUCAAAACCAAGUCUUUAAAAGACUUAAAUUUGAAUUCCAGAAAUAGUAUUUAUAUGGAAUAAAUGUAUGAUUUAUGGUUAAAAGAUCCUUCCAAAGUACACGAUUCAUGGGAUAAAUAUUUCCAAAAGGCUUAAUAAGAAUAAUCAAUAUCUAAUCCAUAAUCAACAGUUUUAUCACCUUAAAUAAUAGAAAAGCAAUCUUAACUUCAUUUUAAAGCAUUUAAUAUAAUUCGUAGCUUUUAAGUAUUAGGACAUUAACUAGCAGAUGUUGAUCCAUUAUAAUUAGGAAAUUUUCAAGAAUUCGGAAAAAAAGCUUAUUAAGAUGUAAAUUAAGGGUAAGACCUUACCGAAAGCGAAAGAUUGCAAACUUUCUAAUUAGUCUAAGGUCCUUGGCUAAAAUAAAUUGCAUAUUUCUUAGAAUAAAAAGACGAAUGGACAAUAAACGAAAUUAUAGAAAUUUGCAAAAAAAUAUAUUGCGGAAAAGUUGGAUAUGAAAUUUUUCAUAUUGAAAAUAUUGAAUAACGUUCUUGGCUCUUAAAUAGAAUAGAAAAAUUAGGUUUAUCUGAAAUAUCAAGCAAUGAUAAGAAAAAAACAUUUGACCGCUUGUGUAAAAGUGAAUAAUUUAAUUUAUUCUUAAAAAAUAAAUUUACGACAUCUAAAAGAUUCGGAAUAGAAGGUUGUGAUUCUGUAAUUUCAGGUUUAAGUUGUUUAGCUGAUCAUGCAUGUGAAAAUGGAAUUGAAUCAAUAAUUUUAGGUAUGCCACAUAGAGGUAGAUUAAGUACAUUAGCUUGUGUAUUUGAUAAGAAUUUAGAAUAAAUAUUUGCAGAAUUUUAAGAAAUAAGAGACAAAACUUUAGAUUAAGCAGAAUGGGGAAAUUCUGGCGACGUAAAAUAUCAUUUAGGAUGUACAACAAUUAAAACAUAUCCUAAUGGAAAGAAAAUUAAAAUGAGUAUAUUACCGAAUCCAUCUCAUUUAGAAACUGUAAAUCCUGUAACUAUGGGAUGUACACGCGCAGUUUAAGAUUUUAAAAAUGACACAAACGGAAACAAAACAUUAGGAAUACUUAUCCACGGAGAUUCAGCAUUUUCGGGACAAGGUGUAGUUUAUGAAUCUUUAUAAAUGUAACAACUAUUCGGCUAUUCUCCAAAAGGAAUAGUACAUAUAAUUGUUAAUAACUAAAUAGGUUUUACUACAACUCCUGCCGAAUAUCGAACUGGUUUAUAUUCAACUGAUGUAAUGAAGACUGUUGAAUCUCCAAUUUUCCAUGUAAACGCUGACGAACCUGAUUUAGUUGACGCCGUUAUAAAAUUGGCUUUAGACUACAGAAAUACUUUCUAAAAAGACGUUAUGAUAGAUAUUAUUGGUUAUAGACUCUAUGGACAUAAUGAAUUAGAUGAGCCUCGUUUUACUUAGCCUAUGAUGUAUUCCAAAAUCGAGAAGAUGGUUCCUGUUUAUUCCAAAUAUCUUAAGAAGUUGUUAGAUGAGAAAAUAAUUACUUAGAACGAAGUCAAGGAAAUUGAAUAACAUUAUGUAUAAGCACUCACUAAAGCAUAUAUGACUUCUAAAGAAGAAGGUUUUAACCCUGCUUAGUGGAGAAGUUAGCCGUGGGAAGUUGUUAAUAACCCUUUUUAGUCUAAAGGAGUUAUGGGAGGAACUGCUUUUGAUAAAAAAUUAUUAAUGGAAAUUGGUUUGAAGAUAUGUUAGACUCCCGAAGACUUCAAUAUGCAUCCGAACUUGCAGAAAAUAUUCCAAGCGAGGGUGAAUUCUAUAAAAACGGGCGAUCAAAUUGAUUUUUCGACAGCUGAAGCUUUAGCUUUUGCGACUUUAUUGCAUGAAGGAUACAAUAUAAGGAUUUCAGGCCAAGAUGUUGAAAGGGGAACUUUCUCUUAAAGACAUGCAGUUCUAAACGAUUAAGUUUCAGUCAAAAAAAUAAAACCGAUCUUAUAAGUACUCCCUGAAAAUAUCAGAAAUAGCAAUAGAUUCUAAGUAGUAAAUUCUCAUCUUUCCGAAUAUGGAGUCUUAGGGUUCGAAUAUGGUUAUUCUAUUACAAACCCAAAUUGUUUAACUAUAUGGGAAGCUUAAUUUGGUGAUUUUGCUAAUGGAGGGUAAAUUAUUAUUGAUAAUUAUAUCUCUACAGGUGAAGCUAAAUGGGGAGUAUAAACUGGUAUUGUACUUCUUUUACCACAUGGUAUGGAUGGUUAAGGACCUGAACAUUCUUCAGGAAGAAUAGAAAGGUUUCUAUAAUCAUGUGAUGAUGAUAUUAAUUAAGCAAUUUAAAACCCAUCUACAAGAUAUAAAGGAUAAGCUAGAAAUAUCAAUUGGUAGGUUAUUUAUUGUUCAUAUUCAGCAAAUUAUUUCCAUGCAUUAAGAAGAUAAAUGCAUCGAGAUUUUAGAAAACCGUUAAUUUGUUUUACUUCUAAAAAAUUAUUAAGAUAUAAAUAAUCUUGUUCAAAUAUUAAAGAAUUUACAGAAUUUUCUGAUAAUCCAAAUUUAUUUAAAGUUGUUGUACCAGAAACAUCUACUAAUUUAGAAGAAAAUAAUAAGAUAAAAAAAUGCGUUAUCUGUACAGGAUAAGUAUAUUGGGAUUUAUUGAAUUCACGUGAAGAAUUAAAAAGAAAAGAUAUUGCUAUUAUUAGAAUAGAAUAAUUAGCUCCUUUUCCUUAUGAAGAUUUUAGAACUGCUAUUUAAAAUUAUAUAAACGCAGAUUUUAUUUGGUCUUAGGAAGAACAUUAAAAUAAUGGAGCAUGGUAAUAUGUAGAACCUAGAAUUGAAUUAAUAUUAAAAGAAUUGAAAAAAGAGGUAUUAAUUUAAAAUCAUAACUUAAUAUAUGUAGGUAGAAAGCCUAGUGCAUCUACCGCUAGUGGAUCUAGUAAACCAGAUCAAGAAGAAGAAUAAUCAUAAAGUCUUGGAGAAAGUCUUUCUGGAGAUAGAAAGGAAAAUUCUUUAUAUACAUGUUUAUUUGGAAAAAAUAUAACAAAAUAAUCAAUUGGAAAAAAAACAUUAAGUGUUUAUGAUAUUGAUAUUUUCAAAGCUGCUAUAGAAGAAGAUUAUUAUGCAGAAUUUUAUGUUGAGAAUUUUAUUACACAUGAUUGGAUAGGAAAUUAUAAAAAAGAUUAAGAUGGAGAAACUACUAAAUAUUAUUUAAAAAAUCAUAUAUAGUUUAACUUAUUUUAUAAAAAUAAUAAUCUACUAUUCGCAAACAUAACAUAAUCAGAAGAAAGCGAUUAUACUGAUUAUUAACUUUUAACAAAUGAUGAUUAAUAAUAAGUUGUAGAAUUUAAAUAUUCCGUGAAUUUUAUUGAAGUAUAAAAUACAUAAGAUCUUGAUAUUGAACAAGAUUUUCUAUUAGAAGAUGAACUAGUAACUAAUGGAGACUAUUAAGAUGAAACACAAAUUCAUUGGUUUUCAAUUAUAAACUCAUUUAUAUUAGUCUUAAUAUUAGUAAUGUUUGUAAGUUUAGUAAUAUCAAGAAUUUUAAAAAAAGACUUUAUACUGUCAAAUGAUAUUGAAGCAGAUUAAUCUGUAGAAAUAGGUUGGAAAUUAGUCAGGACAGAAGCUUUAAUGCCUCCUUCAAAUAAAUCAGCUCUAUCUGGUUUUUUAGGAAACGGCAUAUAGUUUAUUUUAUUAAUAAUAAACCUAUCUUUAUUGGGAGUUUUAGGCGUAUAUUAUGGACAUAAAGGUAAUUUAAAAUAAGUAGGAAUAUUUUUAUAUGCUUUUACGGGAAUUUUUAAUGGAUACUAUUCAGCUAAAUACUAUAAAUAUCUAGGUGGAAAACACUGGGCUUUGAAUUUUAUUUUUGCUUCCUGUAUUUUCCCUGUUGUAAUUUUGAUUGUUUUUUCUGUUGUAAAUUCUUAUGCUUGGGCUAAAUAAUCGACUUCCGCAAUUCCUAUUUAGGCUAUAUUUUUAGUCAUUUUAUUAUUUUUGGUUAUUUAUAUUCCUCUUACACUUGUAGGAACUAUUACUGCCAGAAUUAGAACUGUUGAUAUUUUACCGAGUGCUGAUUUUUCUAUUCCUAGAUUACAAAAGCCUAUCCCUAAAAGAAAAAUGUAUGAAACAACUAUUUUUCAUUUACUUGUAGGGGGGUUAUUACCUUUUAGAUCAACUUCAAUUUUUAUGGCUAUUUAUAUUGUUUAUUAUUAUUAUGAAUAGUCAAAAAUGCAUGGAACAUUAUAAGUAUUAGGUAGUGUAAGUUUUAUUGCUUCUUUAAAAUUUGUUAAGUAUAUAUAUAGUUAGGCUAAAGUGGAUUGA